AUGACACAGGUCUCCUACUCUGCCUGGCUCAGGGAUGUCGGCAUCUUUGCCACGAGCGACUUGCCACACUUUGCCUACAUAGAUCACAGUCAAGCAACCCUCUACAUCCAGUCUUCUCGUUUGCGCGACCACCAGACCAUCAUGCAGCGCGUCUUUCUACAGGCAGACACACAGAUGAGUCUCUGCUGCAUUGGCAAAUGUCCCAUGCUUGGUUUCCGCUGGCUUGAUGCAGAUCAAGUGGACAAGUUCCAGAUCAAAUUUGCGUCUGCAGAAGCGUAUGAUGCCUUUGUACAGUCGCUAUCACGCUAUCUGACGGUUCAAGCACCUGCUGCUGUACCACCCAGAGUCACACCGCAGCAGGGACACUUUGUACAGCGAGGGAAUGGAACACUCGCCUUGCAAGAUGCCUUUCGACGCACACCUUUGCCUACUGCACGAGAAUCUACCUUGAUGCAUGACAGAACAAGCCACAUACCGUCUCAAUCAUCGACUCAGACGCUGCCGGGUAGUCAAACCAGCACGAGUGGCGCUAUGGAGACUGUCCUGUCCUCUCAAGUCUCCCAAGCAGUCUCGCCUGCCAUUCCCCGUGCAAUCCAAGCUACGGUGACAGAAGCAAGUCAGCUAAGCGGAGAAGAACUAGAUACGCGACUUGCAGCGUUUCUGAAGGAUGAACGGUGUCUUGCACUGCUGCAGGCUGUGGAUGCUCGCUUCACUGCUGCUGGACUGCACCAGACACUGUAG